CAGUUUCAGAUUAUCCUACCGCUUUGAUAGCAAGGACAAGGAAAUCAGUCUAUGCAUCUCGCAAGAGUUAGAUAGUAGAUUGAUUACAAAACUCGGCGUUUCAACUAGUCUCGCGACCGCUGUCCACUCGAUUAAUCUUAACUUUUUUUAUGUGCUUAGUGUCUCCCGAAAAUGGUUUACACGAUUUCAGACAAAGUGGAUAAGGCAGAGAAAACCACUGACCCAGGUCAGCAGGUCAUGGAUGCCAAAUUCCACCGCGUCAAAACUAAAGACACCGAUGACGACGAAUUCGCCCCGAGCGAAAUCUACAGGAUAUGGAAGAAUGUCCUUGUGAUCGGCUUCGCUUUUAUGAUCCACUUCACGGCCUUCUGGGGCACCUCCAACUUGCAGAGUUCCGUCAACGCGGACGACGCUUUGGGAACAUUCACUUUGGCUGCCAUCUACGCAUCUCUAAUUUUAUCCAACAUCUUCCUCCCGACUAUCGUAAUCAGAUGGUUCGGCUGCAAAUGGACUGUAGCUCUGUCCUUCAUCACAUACAUGCCCUUUAUCAUAGCCCAGUUUUAUCCCAAAUUCUACACGAUGAUUCCCGCCGGUUUGGCCGUGGGCUUCGGAGGAGGACCUUUAUGGUGUGCUAAGUGCACUUAUCUGACAGUUAUUGCGGAGGCUUAUGGACGAAUUACGGGAACUUCAACCGAUAUUGCCGUGACACGAUUCUUCGGCGUGUUUUUCAUGUUUUAUCAGUUCUCUCAAGUUUGGGGGAAUCUCAUCAGCUCAGCCGUCCUCUCGUCUGGUGGAAUCCCCGAGCCAACCGCACUUUUAACCAACACGACGGUUUCCAACCUAACAUCGUUGUUAUCCGAGACCGUGGCUACGUCCCUACAGAGCGAAGGACCGAAUGAUAUAUGUGGCGCCAACUUCUGUCCUGGAACAGAGGCCCAAACAGCCAACCCUAAUCUGCACCCUCCAGAAACGUCAAAAAUUAAUCUGAUCACAGGGAUAUAUCUAGCCUGCAUGGUCGCUGCCUGCUUGGUUGUGGCCAUCUUCGUGGACCCCAUGCAGAGAUAUGGGAAGGGACGAAAAGGCAGCGGAAGCGGCCUCUCUGGACUCAGGCUCCUUGCAGUCACUAUGAAACAACUUGCCAAUCCCUAUCAAAUAUUAAUACUUCCAAUUACGAUGUUCAUCGGAGCUGAACAGGCCUUCAUCGCAGCUGACUUCAAUGCCGCCUACGUUUCCUGCGGUUGGGGCAUCAGCAACAUCGGCUUCGUGAUGAUCUGUUUUGGAGUUUGCAACGGAAUCGCCGCCAUCUUCAUCGGAAACUUAAUCAAAAUAACCGGAAGGAGUCCCGUCAUAUGUUUCGCCUUAUCACUACACGUGGCGCUCAUUGUGACUCUUCUCGUCUGGCAGCCGGCUUCCUCCAAUAAACUAGUUUUCUUUGUUAUCGCCGCUUUGUGGGGAAUCUGCGAUGCAGUGUGGCUGGUGCAGAUCAAUUCUUUGAGCGGCAUUCUUUUCCCCGGCCAAGAAGAAGCUUCUUACAGCAAUUUCCGGUUGUGGGAAUCAACCGGAUCUGUCAUAACUUACGCCUAUAGCCCAUACUUAUGCACCGACGUGAAGCUUUAUUUACUGCUUGGACUUCUGCUGAUAGGAGCUUCCGGAUAUACGGCUGUCGAAUAUCAGCAGUAUAAACACAAACACGUGGAUGAGGAAAAAGCAAAAGGCAAAUUCGAGCUUGUCCACAACAACACGAAGUCCGACGAAGUGGCUGAAUGAUCUGUGAUGAAACCCAAGUAUUAUAUUUAAAGAGAGUUAAUAACCUGCGAUCAACAAGAACGACGUCAAGUGGAAAUCAGAUGUUCGACUGUUUGGUUUGACGUACAACGCCGAUUAUCAAUUCGUAAUUGAACAAAACAGUCGAAUGUCGACAUCCCACUUCCCGCCCUUUUGUUAAUCGCACGUUCUUCACUUAACGUAAUUACGUACAAUUGUAAGGAUUCUAUGAAUCUGAAUCUUAUUGUCUAACUGUUACUGAUGUUAGUAAUAAAGUGUUUUAUUUUCGAAUAAACUAAACAAUGCUUUAUUAUAUCAAUGUCGAGUACAAAUACUCUAUGGCCUACGGUACAAAUGUAUGUACUCUUCAAAUCAACAGUACAAAUCAAUACAAAUUUAAAAAAUACAUAUUAUUUCUACUGAUUUUACCAUUAAAAUGUAUUAGUGAGUCGCAAUAUAGUCUAUUGUUUAGAUUUUCUCAA